GCCCAAGCUGCAAGCGGAACAGACGCGGACCAAACCACUGCUCACUCGCCUCCCCGCUCUCUCUCUCUCUCUCUCUCUCUCUCUCUCUAUUUCCUAUUCUUCUAGUAGUAGUCUAGAUCCAAGAAGAGGAGGCAAGAAGGCAGCAAGGAAGCUUUGGAGCUGUAGGAACACUGUAGAUCCAGCCAGUGGCAGAUUUGGAGAGGAGCAGGGGUACGUGCAUGGCCAGCAGCAAGUGGUGGGAGCAGGCGGCACUCGACUUCCCGUCGCCGCAGCCGCACCAGGCGGUGCCCAUGCCGCCGGCGCUAGCUCCCGCGGUUGCCUCGCCGGAGGGCGGCGGCAAGCAGCAGCAGCAGCCGCAGCAAGCGGGCGCCGGGGCGGCGGGGGCCAUCGUGCCGCUGCGUCGGCCGCGGGGCCGGCCGCUGGGGUCCAAGAACAAGCCGAAGCCGCCGGUGAUCAUCACGCGGGACAGCCCGGACGCGCUGCACUCGCACGUGCUCGAGGUGGCGCCGGGCGCCGACGUGUCGGCGUGCGUGGCGGAGUACGCGCGGCGCCGGGGCCGCGGCGUCUGCGUCCUGGGCGCGUCGGGCGCGGUCGGGGACGUGGCCGUGCGCGGCGCCACGGCGCCGCUCCGGGGCCGGUUCGAGCUCCUCUCCGUCACCGGCACCGUGCUGCCCCCGCCGGCACCGCCCGAGGCGUCGGGCCUCGCCGUGCUCGUCUCCGCCGGCCAGGGCCAGGUCCUCGGCGGCUGCGUCGUUGGCCCGCUCGUCGCCGCUGGCCCCGUCACCAUCUUCGCCGCGACGUUCGCCAACGCGGUCUACGAGCGCCUCCCGCUCGCCGACGCCCCCGAGCUCGACGUCAAGCCCGACCUCUCCACCGCUACCUCGGCUGGCGGGCAAGAUGUGCAGCAGCAGCAGCAGCAGCAGCCACAGCUUCCAAUGGCGCCCUCCCACCAGCAACCUCCGGCGGCCAUGGGCGCCGGCGGCUACGCGGACCACCGCUCGCCGCCGUACCCGUGGGGAGGCGGCGUAUGAUGAGAUGAGCCGCAACCGAUGCAUCGACUCCUUCUCGGCCGGCGUUUCUUGGUUUUCUUGGUCCUAACAUUGACUAGAGAACUAGGUUUUGUCAAGGUAAUUGUUGGGCUGGUACUGCUACUGCAUGCAGCAUGCAUGGAAUUGAUUCAUUGGAACCCUUCUUGGGCUCCUGUAAUUUCCUUCCUUCUCCUUCGAUUUGUGAUUUUGUUGUGGGAAAAUGGAGUGAUUUGGCUGGCCACAGGGAGCCAAAGAACUUGGUGCACAUGGAGCAUUACAUUAGAUUAGCAUGCUGAUGCUUGCAAAUUACUUUCCCCCCUAGCAAAUGCAGCAGGUAGGCUGGAACAAGUGUUUGAAUUGUGUGGGCUGUGUGGUUAAAUGAGCUGAGUGUUCUUGUUCAAUGGACAACAAAACUCACAUCACAUUUCUGCUC